AUGGGAGAGUCGUGGAUCAGAGGGUUGAAUGAAGGUAUGGUGAGAGGCCCUCAGCAACAAGGUGUGUAUGGUAUGUCCGUUAGUGAGCUUCUGUCGCCUCUCGGUAAGUGUUGGAAUGUCCAAGCUAUAAAGCUUCUGUUUGAUUAUGGGAUUGCGGAGGAUAUUAUUCACACUCCUUUGGUUGAGGAUGUCGUGGAAGAUAAAUUGAUUUGGAAAGAGGAGAAAGAUGGUUGCUAUAGUGUGCGUUCGGGGUAUAGAUUGUGGAGGAAAACACAUGGUUCCCCUGAUUCCAAUCGUGUGGAAGGGGAUUGGUGUAGUCUAUGGAACAUUAAGGCCCCUCCGAGAGUUAAGCAUCUUAUUUGGAGGAUUUGUAGAGAUUGCCUUCCCACAAGAAGUUUGUCCAAUAUUAUUGAUUCCCGUAUUAUUAAUUAUCAUGAUGAUGUUGCUUCUGUUCUUCUGGAUAUCUGUAGUAGUGAGGAUAGUAGUAUGUUGGCAGGGAGAGUUGCGGUUAUGGUUGAUAUUUUGUGGAGAAACCGUAACAACAUGAUUUGGAACAAUGAGAGUGAUACUUAUUCUAAACUUGGUUUGUCUGCUUUCUGUAGUUGGCAGGAGUGGUUUGUGGCUCAGGAUAUUGGAAAUCGGGAUCAAGUGCGUCCUUAUCCGCUGACUUGGAACCCCCCGUUGGAAGGUAGAUUAAAAUGCAAUGUUGACGCAGGGUUUAAUAUUAUUCGGGGUUCUACCAAUAGAGGCUGGUGUAUUCGAGACCAUCUGGGGCAUUUCAUCUCUGCUGGUACCGCUUGGGAUUUUGGUUCCUUCCCAAUCCUGGAAGCGGAAGCUUUGGCCCUCAAAGAAGCCAUCCUUAGUGCUAUUGAUUUGCAUCUUGAGUAUGUUAUUUUCGAGAGUGAUUCUCAAAAUACGAUUCAUGCCAUUUGUUCUGAUGUUAAUGGUUUCUCCGAGUUUGGUACUAUUAUUUCGUCUAUUCGUAGUUUAUUGGAUAAUUUUCCCAACUUUGAGGUAAAGUUUGUAAAGCGCCAAGCGAAUUUGGUUGCUCAUGCCUUAGCUAAGGCGGCCAAUUUUUGGAUUAGGCGUAGUUUCUUUAAUGUGGUUCCUCCUUGUAUUGACCUUUUGAUUAUUAAUGAUAUGAGUUGA